AUGCACCUAGCUAUUUGUUUUGAACUACGAGCUCGCCUGCGCCUGGUGUGCCCACAAGCUUUCAAACCUGAUGAGCAGUACUGUACCGUUGGAGCCGACCGCGACUAUCACGAGAUAGUCAUGGAGGUUUCUGUGAAAGAACUAAACGUGAUCUUAGACCCGGAAUGCGGUCCAGAAUACGAUGCCAAACGCCGAUAUGAUUUUCUCCUUCUUGGUGAGCUCGGGCAUCCAAAGACAAUGCCGUACCCUGUCGGCAAGCGAAGAACCAAAGAGAACGUAGAGGUUAUGCAGGCUACUGAACGACGGCUCGAUGAGCUUUGGAGCAAGUUCGAUGCUCACGUGCAGAAGUAUUUGAAGAAAAUACACCUCGAGGCUCUUGAAUCCCUAGCGCCGUCAAGAGGACAAAUACAACGGACGCCAGACUGGAUAGAACCGGCGAAACCUUCCAACAAAGCGAAGAAAGAUGCUGCCCUGCAGGAAUACAUUACGCCUCUCAUACCGGAGCAGCAGCCCGACCCUGUAGACCUCCCAAUUCGGAGUGAGAAGCGCAAGACCAGGGGGAUUGCGAAUGAUCCUUCCACUGAGCCUGUCGAAGUCGCAGCAGACUUGCAGCCAGUCGCUUCUGAGGAAACAAACACUCCGCCUACACCGCGCUUCACCGUUGGGAAAAAGACACAGCACACAUUCUCGACUAUAUUCUUCCAGCCGUCUGCAAGCUCGCAUCCCGGUGAAGUCCCAUGGACUGAAUUCCUCUCAGCUAUGAACACGAUUGGCUUCUCACCCGAGAAGGUGUAUGGCUCUGUAUGGCGCUUCACACCGAGAGAGGGGGGUGUUAUUACGGCAAGGCAGCCAAUCAAUUUCCACGAGCCGCAUCCUGAGGGAAAAUUGAGGUUUGAGGUAGCAAGGAAUUACGGGAGGAGAUUGACGAGGAACUAUGGUAUCGAUGGUAGCAGCUUCAUUGUCGCGUAA